AUGAUGCCGUAUACCAAUCAUUUCAGCCACAUUCUAGUUUGAUUUCUUUUAAAUUUUUGCUUAAGACUUGUUUUAUUAAUGCCUGCCAUUAAUGAUGAAUGCUCUCUCUUUUUAAAAUUAAUUCUACCUCUUCAUUAUUCAAAUAAGGAGAUUGUGAAACUAUAUGUUUUUAAAAUAGAAAUGAGCUCUUGCUCUUGCUGAACAUUAACUUUUGGAUUUUCUUGUGGAAUUUCUUCAUGAUUAGAAUGGUCCUUAAGAAUUUCUGCCCUUACUGCGUUUUUUACAGGGUUUUGAAUCCUACAAGAUGCGCGGCAAUUUUAUUGACACAGUAAUAAUAAGAAAAAUUUGCAUGUGAAUUCUUUCUUCUAUAAUAAUAAGUAUUGUUGAUGCAAAUUUGAGUAUAAGCUUCAUGCCAAACGAAAGAGGUGUAAUGCCUUUCAUUGCUAUAAGUAUUUAUAUAUUAUAUUUAUCCAUUAUUGUAAUAAAAAUAAUUAA